CCUUCCAGAGGGGCGGGCGCUCGCUGGAUGACUUCCGGCGGGGCGGGCGAAGUCGCGGCGAUUCUGCUUUGGCGGCGGCGGCGGCGUAAUGACCACGCUCCGGGCCUUCACCUGCGACGACCUGUUCCGCUUCAACAACAUUAACUUGGAUCCACUUACAGAAACUUAUGGGAUUCCUUUUUAUUUACAGUAUCUUGCCCAUUGGCCAGAGUAUUUCAUUGUUGCAGAGGCGCCUGGUGGAGAGUUAAUGGGCUAUAUUAUGGGUAAAGCAGAAGGCUCAGUUGCUAGGGAAGAAUGGCAUGGGCAUGUCACAGCUCUGUCUGUUGCCCCAGAAUUUCGACGCCUUGGUUUGGCUGCUAAACUUAUGGAGUUAUUAGAGGAAAUCUCAGAAAGAAAAGGUGGAUUUUUUGUUGAUCUCUUUGUAAGAGUAUCUAACCAGGUUGCAGUCAACAUGUACAAGCAGCUGGGCUACAGUGUAUACAGGACGGUCAUAGAGUACUAUUCAGCCAGCAACGGGGAGCCCGACGAGGAUGCUUAUGAUAUGAGGAAAGCACUUUCCAGGGACACUGAGAAGAAAUCCAUCAUACCAUUACCUCAUCCUGUGAGACCUGAAGACAUUGAAUAACCAUGGGCAGUGGUUCUUAGGUUGAUGCUCCAGAUAUUUUUGUUUUGUUUUGGUUUUUUUGUUUGUUUUCGGAGAACAAACAGAUAAUCCCAUUAUCCUGAUAUUCUCUGAGUGAAGAAAAUCACUUUCAAUUUACGAUUGACCUGAAAUCCUAGUGCCAGGCCUGCAGGCAGGAGGAGGAACGGUCAUCAAGUCCAGAUAUUUUAUGGACAAUAUUAUUUUUAUUGGAUGGCAUUAGAGUUCUGUUAGAGAAAAGUGCUUAUUUAGAUCUUAAAGACUAAAAGAAAAUGUUUUAAAUUUUACUGUUUCCAGGUAGCAACAUCAUACCUACUGAAGCGGUCCACUGUAAUAAAAUUCCAUCAGAAAGGCAGCUAAGUCAGAUGGAAACAUUCUAUCAGAGUUCAUAAUAUUCACUAUAUGCUGGGGGAAAAAAGCUCCAAUCUCCUCAUAAAUUCUAUGCCUGAGAACCACUGCUGCAUAUAUAUAUAUAUAUUUUUUAUUUUGUAUUGAACUAUUGAUUGAAGCUUUAAAACCAUAUAUGAAAUGUUAAAUCUAAGAUGUAUAAUAAAGUGCACUGUUGACUCUA